UGAAACAGGUUUGUACACUAGUAAUUCUUCACUUCUGUUUGGGAGUUGCGAAUUCAUGUUUUGUCAUAAUUGUGUAUCAUGGAAUAAAAUAUUUGCAAAAAUGUCACCAUCGUCCUGUGUUUUUGGGAGCAUCUUUCUGAGUCAGAUGAUCGUAUAAAGAAAGAUUUCUUGAAAUAGGCACCAAACUCAGUGCGUGAUUGUGGAUACUUGUUUGACAUGUUAUCUUUAUCAUGACCGUUAUGGUCAAGGGAGGCUAUAACGGCAAGUAACAAACAAGCCAAUGAAAGGAUUUUUUAAAACAGAUUUUGGCCUUUUAUUGAUUCAAUAUUCAACUUGGCAUGAUUCAUAAAAGCAUGGGAAUGAGCUAUUGUUCAAUAUGCGGUUAAACGAUAACAUUCCCGUAGCUAUAUUUUAACUUGACGUCCAUAUGUGUAAAUAUAUUUAAAACAAGUGAGCAGUUUAAAAUGUCAUUAGUAUUUUUUUUUAUUAUUAUGAUUUUUGUCAUUAUUAUUAUUAUUUUAUUAUAUGGGGCUGUUGGUGGACUCGCGGUGUGUCAGGGGCAGAGAGCUCUGGCCGAUUCUGACCGUCCUGCCCCAUACCAGACACCAGAUGACGCUCUUGUCUUACUGUCCUGCCCUUUUUGCGCUAAAGAUCCCUGCCUGGUCCUCAACAACCAACAGCUCAAAGUUUACCGGACACGUUUCUCCUAUUCAUCAAUAUCCCCAUUGAGUAUCAAAGCCAAUUUAUGACUGGCCAACAUGUGCACGUGAUCCCAUACAAAUACCCCAUAUUUGGGCAGCGCACGUCGGAUCAAGAAUUAAAAAAAAGAUACCAAAGCCUACUCCACCUAUAAAUCCUGGAUUAUUUUUUUAAGCCAGACAGCUCUGAAUUUUCCAAAAGCGGCUACAAAGAAAAGCAAUGAUCAACAAAAACAAGGAAAUAACCGCCACAAACAUCCCGCAGCCCUCUCUAGUUUAAAAAGAAAGUAUCGCUGAUUGUUCAAAAUGAGCUCUUAUGUUGACAGCUGCAAUCUCAGGCAAACAAGCGAGACAACUUCUCCUAACACUAUGUUUAGUUUCGAUCUUUCUGGGCGCGCGUCCAGCCGCUAUGAGGGUGUUAAUGUGAACGGGAUAUUCACUUGUCCCGUCCCCACGACCUCUGUUGAACGAGAGGAGAUGAAAACUAGCCUGCGUGGCAAUACGGAUACUCCUCUCCCGUCAGGACCACAGAUAACCAUGGUCUCCAGUAGCUCGUCUGUGAACGCAAGCGGUCUCAACUACGGCAGCAGCGCGCUGCUGGGACGAGGGGCAGAAAGAGACCCGGAGAGGAGCGCAAAAUCCGGCGGCAACAAGAGCCAAGAGAGCGAGAGAAACGCGGAGAACACGCAAACGGUGAAACGACACACAAAUGUGAGCCAGCGUCAGGACAGCGAGCAGCAGCCACAGAUUUAUCCAUGGAUGACAAAACUGCACAUGAGCCACGAAUCGGAGGGUAAGCGGUCCAGGACCAGUUACACCCGCUACCAGACUCUGGAGCUGGAGAAAGAGUUUCACUUCAACCGGUACCUGAGCCGCCGCAGGCGCGUAGAGAUCGCCCACACCCUGUGUCUAAACGAGAGACAGAUCAAAAUCUGGUUCCAGAACAGACGAAUGAAGUGGAAGAAGGACUCAAAGAUCAAAGUGAAGGAAUAAAAGAGCACCAGAGAGCGGGUGCAUGCAGCACGUUUUUCAGCCCCACGCAGUGCUGGAGUGCCGCCUGACCUCCGGAUGAACUGCUAGGAGCAAUGACAUCAUGACACCGUGCUGUGUGCUUCAUCACCAAUUAUGUGUCACUUGCUGCAGUUUGGGACCUAAUGUAUUGAAUAUCACUCACAUUGACCAAUCGGUUUACAUUUCUAAAUUAAUUUGCUGCCCAUGCGAUGAUAACCAGAGGUUGAGAGGAGCUUGGCCCUUCGAGCUGCAAGGCUUUAGGUCUGCGGUGCACUGAAAGGCUGCACAACGCUACUAAUUAUGUUUUGAAUUAGGAUACAAGUAGUGGAGGCUGGGUGAUAGCCUGCAUCGUUUCCAGCUCUGUCUCAACAUCAUGUGAUGAAAAAAUGUAACGUCAACAAAUCAAAAUGAAGACAAAAGCUAUUUAUGGCUGUUUAUGAGCUGUCCUGUAAGCAACAGUGAGAUACUUUCCCACCAGUAAAAAAACACUUUCCCACCUCUUUCCUUUUCUUUUUCAAUCCACUAAGAUGUUGCAGUGGUUGAAUGUGUGGUAUGUUCAGUGAGCUGAUAUCUCCGUGAGUGUGAAGGCCUCAUCCCUGUUGUCUGUCAUAUAAUUGUGAAUCUAAAUCGUUAUGUAUAAUUCAGCGACUAUGUGAUAAUAUUGUGAUGUGCAGUGAAGCCAUUUCUCUCGCCCUCUGUAAACUUAAGGUGCCAUGGUUUACACGAGGCCCGGAAGAACUGAUAGAUGGCUUAAUUGUCGAUUGUAACCAAUAAAGUCUCAUCAUUAACAGUAAAGGGUUUUUCCUUUGGUCGGUAUGUACAUUUCUGUUAUUUUUCAUAUCAGGGUUACGUUGAUUAAACUAAUAUGGACAUUGUUGUCUACUUUUUUUUUUUUUAGAAACUACCGAUUUUCAUUCUUUUGUUUUAUUCUACUGAUCACGUUUUUUGGAGGAUGUGUUGGAAUCCACAGAAUUUCAUUGACUGACAAACGCGGUUGGAAGUUUAAGGCCCUCAUAAAACUUUAUUGCCCCUUUUCCAGCACUACGCUACUGGCAGACUCCCGUUUCCUGUUUUGUCAGGGAAGGAAGGGACACACUAGCCUGUGAUAACACUCGCCUUCAACACAACAUGGAUGCAAAACGUUGGUUUCUUGUGGCCGCAGACUGAUGCGCCGUCACUGUUAAAGGCCAUAUGGUAACUUUAUGAUAUCGCCCUGCUCUUUAAUCCUGGCAUCAUUGCACUGUAGUUAAAACAACACGACCUGCUACUAUAAAGGACAUAAAACCAUGCCACUUGCUGGGUGUCUGCAUCCAGCAGCAGCUUUUGUAGAAGUCGUAGUAUGACACGGCAUAGCCCAAGGUUAUGAGCUAAUUUCUCUAUUAAAGAAAAUAAAAAUCAACUCACCGCUCAAACUAAUAGCUUCCUAUUCAACUUCCUUAACGGUUAUGAGAACCGGUCAGCACAGCCUCCACUUUCUCUGCGUUCUGUUAGGCCUAACAUAUACGUGGACAAUGUAUUGAAUCCCUGUUUGAAUGUCUUUCUUUUAGGCUAUUUUAAAGUUUACAAGGUUACAUAUGCCAAUUGCCCCAAGCAGGGCCUGUGAAUGGUGCACAGGAAGCACGUGGUGUCAUUUAAGUGGGUUUUAUGGCCUGGAAGAGCUGACAAACCUUCGAUAUAUACACAUCAUAUAUAAUCUUAACUGUCCGGAAUCGCAGCUGCUGGGUUCCCCUUAUCUGAGGAAGAAAGGGCUUUGUGGCAGUGAGGAUGCAGUACCUUUCUCCGGACUGUGUAGUCGGUGGUGCGGAGGACUGAGAGCUGCUGCAGUAAGUUGCUUUUAACUUUGCCUUUACAGGCCUGUGUGACUGUAACGUUAUUUCACCGUGAAAAAAAAUAGAUUGUUUCUGUUUUAUGUUGGCGUGACUUUGAAUGCGUGGAUGUUGAAUUGAUGCACUUUAAAAUGAACGAUAGUAAUUGAUGGUUAAUAUGCGUUUUUAUAAUCACAGAAUUAUAUUUUUUGAGUCACCGGGAAAAUGUUGUUUUUGACAUUUUUUAAAGGACAGCUGGAGUUGCAUAUUUAGUCCGACAGAAACGGGAUUAUACCGCUCAUGGUUAUUUGGUUGUCAGGGCAGUUAUUGUUUUUCCGCAGAAUAAUCUUUGUAUUUGUACGAGAUUUCAAUCUUACAAUUAAAAGCUAAAGAAAUAAUAUAUAUCCAUAUGUGUAUUCAUGUAUCUCAACACAGACAGUGGCAUCCUGUUUGAUUCAACAGUUUGCUUCGCUUAAUCCUGUCAGUAAAACGAUCAAAGAAAUUUGAAAAAUAAUUAAAUGUCAGCCAGAACUAUCAGAACUAAUUUGGCACCCUCCACACUCUCUCCCUCUUUCUCUGAAACAUACACAUACUGACUCUCUCUUUUACCUGUAUGUAUGUAUUUUUUUUGUUUAAUUCUUAGUAAAUGCUCAUAGUUUGAUUCAGGGGUGCAGAUUGUGUAGCUGAAAAAAAUGUGUUGAAAAUGUAAUAUUGUUCGAUGUGAUACUAAAAUGUUGUCUUGUAGUUUGAAAUGCUGCACCAUACAAGCUAUAAAAUACGAAACCUUAUUAAAAUGCUUCAUCUCACUGUGUCACCUUGACAUGAGGUUAGUGUUUGUCCUCGUGAGCUCCUGUUGUUAUAGGGUCACGUCUGGGCCAACAGACAGGUUUGAUUCAAAGGCACUUUGCAGUGUAAUUAUGGCGUGUCCAAACCCAAAGCCUGAGAAUAUCAGUGUGGCUGUGAGUUGGAGCUAGAGCUGUUGCAUGUUUUACAAAAACGCACCUUUGUUGCACAAUAGAGGAAUGUUUGUUUUUCCACCCUCUUUCCCCUGCAGACUUGUCCUCACUGCAGGGGCAGAAUUGUACUGACUUGAUCAGUUUGGAGACUGAUGAAGCGAUGUGAUCUUAUUAGCUCGAUAAUUUUCUGUUGCUCUAUAGGGCACAUCAUUUAAUUGCCCAUAUGUCUUAGAAAGCAGUUCAGUCUAGAAAUACUGGUCUUUCUUAAUCAAUGUGUGGGAUUGCAAAGGGCUCAUUUUGAUAUUAAGUCUAUUUUGGGGUGAGUGCAGCUCAGCUGACAGAGCAAGGUGCAGCAGGGGUGUGCAUCAUGCAGCAUCAAAGGCUACAAUGUAAUUAGAUAUGAUAGAAAUGGAUGAAUCCACUCUCGUCCAAAUUAGGAGUUUUAAUGGAUCACGUUCAGAUAUCAAUAUGUGCACGUCCAUGUAUGUAUUGAUGACUCACAGUCGUGGCUGUGUUGUUUUCAACCCACCAGCAUCCCUUUUUCUUUUUGUUUUCAGGUGGAUGAUCAAUUAUACACUUCCAAUAGGGGGCACUGUGUAACACGCUCCUGUGUGGGUGAUUCACUGUGGGGGCAAUGUGUCCACGUAAGGACAUGGAUUAGUGCUCUUUAUAUCCUCUGAUUUUAUUUGAUCUCGUGCUGUUUUUGAGCAGUUGUAUUGUCAUGUUUACUGUUAUCAGAGCGAGAAAUUAUCAACAUAAGCUAUCAAACUAAAAUAAAAAAAGAAUCCAAAGUUGUUCUCCUUCAAAAAACAAAAUAAAACAUUCAUCAUCUCUCCAAUACAUUAACAACUAAUUUGAUGUGUGAUAAGGCAUCUUUACAGAGGAUGCAGUGCCCUUAUUAUAAUCGAAAGGAUUUUUUUGUCAGUCAUUGCAUCUUUAGAGGAAGUUUGAAUUAUGUUGUUGAUAUCAAAGUUACACCAGCUUAAAACAUUCUGAUAUGACUCAAUAAAAGUGGAACAGUCUAAACAUCCGUUUUCACUGCCAUGUUCUGUGCUGUUGUAUUCCUUUCUUUGACCUGUGGAGCUGACACUGUCAUCAUUCAAUCCACCGAGGUCAUUUCCGGGUGAGCACAGACUUCCCUUUGUCUUAGCCCAAAUAAGAACCAUAAAGUCCCAUUAGGUCGUUUUCGAGCACAGCCAGAAUGUAUUUACAAUGUGAAGACAACGUCGUGAUUCUUUUACUGACUGUUCGCCAUAAUUCAGCCGCGCUGAAGUCCAGGGAUUUCUAUUCAUAGAACAUAUGCCCAAGGAAAUAUCAUAAUGCUUGUAAAUUUAUUUUUUACUGUCUGAAAAUGACCCGUCCUAAAUUUCUCUGUCCUCGGCCCCAGUUCUGCAGGAGCCCACACAUGUCAACGUGUUUCUAGGGCAGCCUCCCUUCAAUUAGGCUAGAUAACAGAGGAGAUCAGACGAAGAGGGACAAACUGAAGCAUCAUUAGGAUGAAAUAAUAACGCAGCAUAUCAAACGGUUAUUUUCUGUUUCAACACAAAGAUUAACUGUAAACUUAUAGGAAAAAUGUUUUUGGCUCGAAUAAAACAUGUGGCUUUUCGAUAUCUUUUAAAUAGAAUGUAUU